AUUUUCUUUCUUUCUUCUUUCUACCCGUCAAACCCUAGGCCGCCCAUCACCAUCUCCUGCGUCGCAAACUCCCAUCCCCCUCCCCCUCGUCCAUCAUAACAUUGCCGUCGCCAUCGGCUCGUCGCCACUCGCCACUCUCUCGUGGCCAUUUGUCCAUCGCCAGUAGCCAUCGCCCAUCGGUUUUUGUGAGGCGAAUUAGUCACGGGCUCAUGGUCAUAGUUUCGAGGAUAGUACAGACUACAUAAAGGAUGACGUCUCCCUCUCCUCAAGAAAUAUCUUCACAAAUGGAUAUCAACAAUGCAAUUGAAGUUGAUAAUGGAAGCAUUAGAACAGUUGGAGAUUCUGCUAGCCUAAUGGAUAUCCACAAUAGAAUUGAAGUUGAUAAUGAGGCAGAAAAAGUGCCUUCUCUUGGAGAUGAAGAGUUACGCAGUGCAGAUGAGGCCGAGGUCGAUGCCGAGGAGAUCGAGGAAGAAACGGCUGACCACAUUGACUCUCUAGAUGCAUUCAGGAAAAAGAAAAGGGCAACAAAGUCAGAAGCUUGGAAAGAUUUCGAGGAAGUAGACGUUGGGGAUGAUAAAUAUUGUGAGUGCAAACAUUGCAAAGUAAAACUGAAGAAAACCAAGACGAGCACAACAACUAGUAUGCUGAGGCACCUGACGUCGUGCACCGAGAGAAUGAAAAAAUUGAGGUAACCGCAACAACAAAAGAUUAAUUUUCCAUCAGCCGAUUCAAGCACACCUCAUCCAUAUCUUCAUACUGGUAAAUUUGACAUGGCUGCCAUGAGAGAAUCCGCUGCCGAAUGGGUACUAAUACAUGAGCAUCCUUUUUCAAUUGUCGAGGAAGAUGGAUUCAACCUGUUGCUGAAAAGAGGAAUACCUGAAUGGCAAAAAAUGGCAAAAGAUCAGCCGAACUGCAAACAAAAAUGAUUGCAAAGUGAUAUACGAGAGAGAGCAGUCCAAACUGAAAAAUUUGUUCAAGAAAGUCCAGAAGAUCAGCUUGACUACAGCUUGACUACAGAUCUUUGGAAGUCAAAAAAUCAGAAGAUUGAAUAUAUGGUGAUAACUGGGCAUUGGAUCGAUAGCCAAUGGAGAUUGCAAAAACGUGUCCUCAACUUUGUGCAUAUUUCCCCUCCACGCCGCGGUGUCGAAAUUGCAGAUUUUGUAUUCAAAUGCUUGCAAGAGUGGGGCAUUGAGAGUAAAAUCUAUACGGUGUCAGUGGAUAAUGCCUCAAACAAUGGCACAGCAUUGAGAGCCUUGAAGGAUAUCUUUUCAAAAAACAAGUUUCUGUUGGCAAAAGGGAAGUUAUUUCAUGUAAGAUGUUGUGCGCAUAUCAUCAAUUUAAUGGUCCAAGAUGGCAUUGGUGAACUCAAGGAUAUUGUAGAUGUGAUAAGAAGUAAGGUGGAUUUCAUAAACAAAACAGACGGGCGACGUCUUCUCUUUGCUCAAAUUUUCCAGCAGUUGCACUUACCUGAAAAGGUGUUAAUCUAUGAUUGCAAGACAAGAUGAAAUUCGACCUUUGAGAUGUUGGCUUGUGCACUCAAGUAUCGACAAGUUUUUCCUUGAUUCAAAGAUAGAGAGCAGCAUUUCAGACAAUGUCCAACCGCCGAGAAUUGGGAUAAAGUGGAGAAGGUUUGUAAUAUUUUGCAAGUUUUUUGGACAUCAUGUGAUAUCCGGUAGUGAUUAUCCUACAGCCAAUCUAUAUUUUAAAUGAAGUUUGUCGGAUAAAAGGGAUACUAGAUAGUAAAGCCGAUGAUGAAGAUACUUUUAUUCAGUCGAUGGUGCGAAAAAUGAAAAUGAAGUUUGAUAAAUAUUAGUGCGAGUGCAAUUUGUCAAUGUCUAUAGCAGCAAUCAUGGAUCCGAGGUGCAAAAUGAAGGUCAUAAAAUUAUUGUUUUCCACUUAUAUAUCCUUCUUACGAAGUGGAACUGAACAUAAGUAAAGUUCGGCAGACAUUAUAUGAUCUAUAUGAUGAGUAUGUCGAGAUGUAUAGUUCGAGUUCAAGCAGUCAAAAUGUUACUAAAAAUUCUUCCAGCCCGAACCCCAGUCCAUCAAUAGCUGUAGCACCUUAUUCAGGCAUGGGUGAAUUUCUCAUGAGUGUUUCAGCCACUGAGAGUGUUCGACCAGAAAAGAACGAAUUGGAUUUCUACUUUGAGCAUGGCUUGCUUACUGCCAAAGAUAACCCAUGUAUGGAUAUUGUGAAUCUAGAUGCACUCAAAUGGUGGAAGACACAUCAAAGUACAAGAUAUUGCCAAAGAUGGCUGCAGAUAGUUUAGCCAUCCCUAUCAGUACGGUUGCUUCAGAAGCUAUAUUCAGUGCCGGAACUAGAGUGAUUGAUGCAUAUCGUUCCUCAUUGGCACCGGAAUCUGUUGAGAUGUUGAUGUGCGUUGGUGAUUGGUGUUGUAAGCUACAUGGCAUCAAGAAAAAAGAUAAGAAAGUGAAGUCUGCCCAACAAAUCUUGUUGCCGAUUCUUUGAAGGUGUUGGACUUGGACCUCUACAUGCCGAAGAGGAAGGUCCAAGAAUGCUGGAGUGUUGUCAUUUUGAAAGUUCGAACUUCGAACUACUAAGUUUUUGAUGUGUAUAACUUGUUGGGCUAAUUUGGAUUAUGAAAUCUUGGACAUUUGUUGGUUGUACUGUUGGAUAAUUUGGAUUAUGAACUUUUGGGAAUUUGUUGGUUAUUGCCUUUGCAUUGUACUCAGUUUUGCAUUGUACUUGAUUCUAUUAAAUUUGUUUCAAGCAGGGGAGCAGGGAAUUGAAUUGGAUGAUGAGUGAUUUAUGGUUCAAGCAGGGACCUUUUCUUAAUGGGCUGUGAAAGUUAAUACAUAUUUAAUGUUGUUGUUGAGCUGUAAUUUAUAGAUGAUCUGUGUUUGUUGGAAUUUUUUC